CUUCUUCGUUUCUUCGUUCGUGAAUACAUCUGUAACAGUGUUACUGGGGUUACCUCACCUUAAACCCCAAAACCCUAACCACUUGAUUCUGCACUUCCAUCAAAUUGAAAUUGAAAUUGAAAUUGAAAUUCAAUCUCAGCUACAAUGAGUUGGAGAACUUUACUUUCUCUUGGCUCUUCAAUCAACAAACUCAAAUCAAUCUCCAAUUCUCCUUUUCCAUCAAUUAUCUUCAAACGACAUCCCGUUUCAUCUCUUACCGGUUACCGGAACUUCCAUUCCCAUUCCCCCGAACUCAGUAACUCGUUAAUCGAUCCAUCACUCCGAACAACUCACUUAAACGACGAUAAGGUCCAACAAAACGACAACGAAGACGAAACCACUAACGAAUUCCUCUCCAGAUUCGCAUGGAUAAUGCGGAAGAAAGUGAAGGAAUCGUAUCCCGAAUGCGAUAAAACCACUGUCGAUGGAAUGCUUCUUGUUAUCGUCGAAAGAGUUGUUUCCGAAAUGGAAAAAGGUGCUGGUGCUGGUUCGACGGCGUCGUUUUCCCCUUUUUCUUCGGUGGAUUUUAGUGAGGAUCUUUGGAGAACGGUUUGGGAGGUUAGUAAUAAGGUUUUGGUGGAUAUGAAUAAUGAGAGGAAGAAGGAGAAAAUGAAGGGUUUUUUGCAGUGUGAUGAAGUGAAAGAGAUGUGUAGGUUCGCCGGCGAGGUUGGUAUUCGAGGCAAUUUGCUUAGAGAACUUAGGUUUAAAUGGGCACGUGAGAAAAUGGAGGAACAUGAGUUUUAUGAGGGUUUGGAGAAAUUGAGGAAAGAGGGACAGGUUGUUGUUGAAGAAGAAACAAAACUUGAUGAAACUGAAACAAAUGUUGAUUUGGAACCUGUUAAUGUUGAUGGUGUUGUUGAAGACAAUGUUCAUGUUGAGGAGAAGGGUGAGAAUAAGGUUGUUGGGCUUCCCAAGAGGAGAGGGAAGCUGAAGUUUAAGAUUUAUGGGCUUGAUCUAUCUGAUCCUAAAUGGGAACAAGUAGCUGAUAGGAUUCAUGAGGCAGGAGAAGUUCUUUGGCCGAAGGAGGUGAAGCCGAUAACUGGGAAAUGUAAACAAGUUACCGACAAAAUUCUGUCCUUGAAGGAGGAAGAUGGAGAUGAUAGCUUGUUAACAUUGUUGGCUGAGUGGGUUGAGCUUCUACAACCUGCUAGGGUUGAUUGGAUCAAUUUGCUUGAUAGGUUGAAAAAUCAGAAUUCUCCUUUGUACUUCAAGGUGGCAGAAAUGGUAUUGACUGAAGAUUCUUUCCAAACAAAUAUCUCUGACUACUCUCGGCUUAUUGAUAUGUAUGCUAAAGAGAACCGCAUUGAUGAUACUGAGAGGAUGCUUAAGAAGAUGAAUGACAAUGGUAUACAACCAGAUACUUUGAUAGCCAAUGUGUUGGUCCACAUGUACAGCAAGAUAGGUAACAUUGAACGUGCAGAAGAAGCAUUUAAAGUCUUGAGUAACCUGGGUUUCCAACCUGACGCAAAAGUCUACAACUCAAUGAUCAUGGCCUAUAUAAAUGCUGGUGAACCUACAAAGGGCGAGACACUGAUGAGGCAGAUGGAGACAAGAGAUAUUAGGCCCACAAAGGAAAUAUACAUGUCAUUGCUCCAAUAUUAUUCUCAACGUGGUGACUUCAAUCGUGCCUCACGAACUUCAACAGCUAUGCAUACUGCAGGGUUCCAGCCGACUUUGGAGACAUGCACCUUGCUUAUUGAAGCAGCUGCAGUUGCAGGUGACCUAGAUAAGGCAAACUCUAAUUUUGACUAUAUGGUUAAACUUGGGCAUAAGCCUGAUGAUCGGUGCAUUGCUGCCAUGAUUCGCACUUAUGAGAAGUCAAAUUUAUUGGACAAGGCAUUAAGUCUUCUUUUGACUUCAGAGAAGGAUGGGUUUGAGCCUGGGGUUGCAACUUAUUCUGUUCUUAUGGACUGGAUGGCUAAAAUGCAGCUUGUUGAUGAGGCUGAACAGAUUUUAAAUAAAAUUGCUCUGCUCGGUGAGGCUCCUCCUUUUAGGGUUCAAGUUAGUCUCUGUGAUAUGUAUGCAAGGACUAGAAUGGAGAAAAAGGCCCUUCAAACACUGGGUGUUUUGGAAGCUAGAAAGGACGAAUUACAACCACAUGAGUUUGAAAGGAUUAUAUCCGGCCUUAUUGGUGGUGGGUUUUUGCGGGAUGCAAAACGAAUGUAUGGGCUCAUGGAGGCACAGGGUUUCACUGCAUCUGAACAGCUUAAUUCAGCCCUUAGAUCUGGCCGCUUACCAUUAAGUAUGAGGUAGUUUAGUCGUUGUGAGUUGUUCCAUGUUAUUCUUUCUCUGCUGAGUGACCUACGAAUUCACUGCUUUAUUAAGGGAGACACAGCCUGAUAGAUUGACCAUACUAUGUAACCAAUAAAGGAUUGAGUUUAUGCUUGAUAAGUUGUCUCAUGUUUAUGAAUUUUGCCAUGGUUACAUGAUCACUAGUGUUCAGAUUAACUUAUUUAUUUCUCUAAAUAUUCUUUUGAACUUUUGUCAUUUGUAUAGUAGAUUAAUUUGAUUAA